AUGGUCGCCGAAGAGCAGCCUCCCACCCACAAGAAGACGCGCAUUAUAUCCGUCGUUGCUGCCACCGCAAUCGCCCUUGCUUGUGGUACAAAUUAUGCCUACUCAGCAUGGGCACCGCAGUUCGCCGAUAAGCUCCAACUCUCUGCGACCCAGAGCAAUGUCGUCGGAACGGCCGCCAACCUGGGCAUGUAUGCGUCUGGCAUACCCAUGGGCAUCAUAACGGAUAGGAAGAGCCCACGACUUGCUGCGAUUAUCGGCAUGUUUGCGCUCUUCGUUGGCUACUACCCCAUCAAGCUCGCGUAUGAUGGAGGUCCAGGCUACAUGAGCGUUGGCCUGAUAUCCUUGUGUUCCUUUUUCAGCGGUGUGGGCAGCUGUGCUGCCUUCCAGGCUGCUUUGAAGACGGCGACACUCAACUGGCCUACUCACCGUGGAUCGGCCACUGCUUGCCCACUGGCUGCUUUUGGACUGAGCGCCUUCUUCUACACCCUCAUCGCCGGCAUAGCAUUCCCAGGCAAUACCUCUGGGUUGCUUAUGAUGCUUUCUCUCGCCACCUCCCUACUCGUUCUGGUAUCGAUACCCUUCCUUAUCGUCGUCGAUCACAAAGCUGGCACCGGCUAUGCUGUGCUACCCACCAGCGAACGUACGCGACGCAACUCCAACGUCCUGCAUAAGACAAGGUCCAACGGCUCCAAGUACAAAUCAUCUGCUCCUCCACAGCAAGAAACCACAGCCGAAGAAGAACAGGACCGUCCCUCAACCGAGACCUCGUCACUUCUCUCGUCUGGCCCUGGCGACAUCAUCGACGAUGACGACGACGCAGCAAGCAAAAAGUCGGCUCACUCAUGUAUAGAUAUCACUGGUCUGGCACUUCUGAAUAAGUCGGAAUUCUGGCAAUUAUGGGUACUCAUGGGCCUCCUUUCAGGAGUUGGUUUAAUGACAAUCAACAACAUUGGUCACGACGUUCAGGCCCUUUGGAAACACUGGGACGACUCCGUCAAGAACGCCUUUGUCGCUGACCGUCAGCUAUGGCAUGUGUCCAUAAUCUCGCUCUGUUCCUUCUUAGGACGUCUAUCUUCGGGCAUUGGUUCCGAUCUUAUUGUGAAGCGACUACAUCACUCACGCUUUUGGUGUGCUGCCAUCUCUGCCACCAUCUUUGCUUUGGCUCAAGUCGCCGCCAUUCGUGUUGAGGAUCCCCACUUCCUGUGGGCUGUGUCCGGACUCUCCGGACUCGCGUAUGGCGUUCUAUUUGGUGUCUUCCCAGCGCUCGUGGUUGAUGCGUUUGGUCCAGAUGGCUUCGCCGUCAACUGGGGCUUCAUGACUCUGGCACCUGUCGUCAGCGGAAACGUCUUCAAUCUCUUUUACGGCGCGGUCUAUGACUCCAACUCGGUAGUUGAGCCAGAUGGUCAACGUGGAUGUGAGCUGGGUCUCUCGUGUUACCGCACCGCGUACUAUGUCACUCUCACAUCGAGCAUAUUGGGCAUCUUCGCUUGUUUCUGGGGUAUUUACGGCGAGCAUAUACGCAAGAGGCGAGAGUUGGAGGAACACGAUGGUCAUAGAGAUGCUUGA